UCAAGACCUUUGCUAUGGAGUGUUCAAUUAAAAUGCAUUUCAUUUUUGUGGUAUUUCCAUGACAUAAACUGCUCUCUCUUCACAAUCAGUCUAGUUACAACAAUUCUUACAACAGUAACAUUGUGAAUUCUCUUACAGUUAAAGAACAGCCAUGGUGAUCUACACAGUAACGGUGUACACAGGAAACCGGUUCUUAGCAAGCACCAUUAGCCAUAUCUACAUCCAACUGCAUGGUACUGAGGGUGAGAGUGAGGAGAAGAAUCUAAAUAGCUUUCAAUGGUUUUGGCAAGGAUCGGAGCGAGCAUUUAAGAUACAAUGUAAGGCACCCCUGGGAGAGCUCAUAGAUGUCAAGCUCUCCUCCAAGCCGUUUAUGGGUCUUCUUCACAACCAGUGGUUCUGCGAUAAGAUCUUGGUCAACACGCCAGAAGGUGACAAGAUUUUGUUUCCGUGCUACUGUUGGCUUGACUGUAACGAGAAGCUCGUUUUAAGACCUGCUAAAGCUUCACUUGCGUUCCAGGACACCAACCUAAUAGCCCAAAGACAAAGGGCGAGACAGCGAGAAGAGCAACAAAAGUUAUAUAGGUGGCGCGUGUAUGCUGAGGGCAUGCCCCAAGUUAUCGAUUGCGACACUGCCCUCGCUCUGCCAGCUGAAGUCCGAUUCUCUUUUACAAAACAAAAUGAGUUUCUCUUCAAUUCUGGAAAGCAGUUAAUUGCUCUGAAGAUAAAUGGAUUAGCUGACAGCAGACGUUCAUGGGAAAGCAUCAGCCAACUGAAAGCAAUCCAUUGUGAACACGGAGGGAAAACCAUUGAAUACAUUCAGGAGCACUGGGAUGAAGACGAGUUCUUUGGCUACCAGUUUCUGAAUGGCCUCAAUCCCAUGAUGAUCCAGCGCUGCUCAAAGCUGCCCGAGAAUUUCCUAGUAACAGAAGACAUGGUCAAAGACUCUCUAAGAGAAAGCAGCUUGGAGCAGGAGUUGAAGAAAGGGAACAUCUUCCUGUCUGACUAUAAGAUGUUGGACGGGCUGGUGGGAAAUGAAGUCAAUGGCCGGCAGCAGUAUCUCACGGCUCCCCUGGUCCUGCUGUACUGCAACCCCCAUGGCAUGAUGCUGCCCAUCGCCAUUCAGUUAAGGCAAAAGCCCAGCAAAGAGAAUCCCAUCUUUCUCCCAACGGAUUCAAAGACCGACUGGAAACUGGCCAAGAUUUUCGUACGAAAUGCAGAGUUUGCCGUUCACGAGGUCAACUUUCACCUGCUGAGAACUCACCUGCUGGCAGAGGUGUUUACCGUGGCGACUUUGCGCAGUCUUCCCUCCCCACACCCUCUCUUCAAGCUCCUCUUUCCCCAUAUCCGAUUCACGCUCCAGAUCAACAUCAUGGCCCGGAAUCAGCUGAUAUCCAAGGAUGGGGAUAUUAACACGUAUGCAGGAGUAGGUGGAGAGUCAUUGGUCAAGUUGCUGAAGCGUGCUACUGCCUCCCUGACCUACAGCACCCUCUGUCUUCCCGAUAACAUCUCUGAGAGAGGCCUGGAGAAUGUACCCAACUACUACUACAGAGAUGAUGGGAUGGAACUGUGGAAUAUCAUCAAGAAGUUUGUUGCGGCUUUCUUGUCACACUACUAUCAAUGUGAUGAACACGUGCAAAAGGACACAGAGCUGCAGCAGUGGAUCAGUGAGAUAUUCAACAAUGGCUUCUUGGGAAGAGAUUGCUCAGGAAUACCAUCAUCUUUUCAGACCGUGACAGAGCUUGUCAAGUUUGUCACCAUGGCGAUCUUCACUGCAUCAGCCCAACAUGCAGCUUUAAACAAUGGACAGUUUGACUUUGGCGGCUGGAUGCCUAACUACCCCCCUGCCCUCAGAAAGCCCCCUCCCAAGGAGAAAGGCCAUACCACUGAGCAAAUGAUCCUGGAGACCCUACCUGAUGUGAGCACGACGGUGCAUGGGAUGGCUGUCCUGAAACUGCUGAGCAGGGAUUGUGCAGACCGUUACCCUCUGGGACAUUUCCCAGAAACACUGUUUGAUGAAGACGUCCCCUGCAAGCUCAUGGAAGAUUUUCAAAAGGAUCUGAAGAAGUUGUCAGAACUCAUCGAGGAGCGGAACAAGAAGUUGGAGCUUCCCUACACUUAUCUGAAUCCCAAAAAUGUGGACAACAGUGUAGCCAUUUGAAAGGAUACAGUGGUCCUUCUUAAUACAUUUGUCUUUCUAUUAAUUGCUUUGUCAAUUAAAAUAGAGUCCAAAGCAAAAAUAACUCAGCUAAGUGAGUCAUGGCUAUUGCCUUUCAGGGAAAAUAAGAUAAAUAAUGUGAAAGGCACUGCUUAAUAUGCGUGAUGAAUUGUUUUUUAAAUGUGUGGGUUCUGUGAUAUAUGUUUUUACAACUGUGGUGCCAUCUAGUGUCAUAAAUCAGUACAAUCCUGCAGUAUUAAACUGCAUAAAAAAUACAUAAUUCUUUUUCAAAAUCAAACACAACUAUUCAUGGUUAAACUCUGUCACAUAUUACACAUUAGUGUGAUAAAACUAAAACAGUCCCAUCUUUGUUGCUUUGUGUUACAGUGCAAAAUACAGUAUGAUGCAAUUCA